AUGUAUUACUUGGACGUUUCUUUAGAACUCACAGACUCUUCGAACAUAGAAAUUGGUCAUGUAUACUUAAAGAAAAACAUAUUACAAGCAGUGAAGCAAUUGUUCGGAGAAGAAGGAGCCAAGUCUGUGAUAGACAUAUUAAAAUACAACAUCUCAGAACGUAGAUUCGUUCUACGUUGUGACAAUGACUUUUAUGUCCAACUACGAGCAUCUCUAACAGUGGCAAGACAGUUCGAAGGCAAGCCAUGUGUGUAUCACGUACACAGAGCAUCAUCGAAUCUGCUUUCAUUUGUUGGUGACAGUAGAAACUACAAACACGAAUGA